UUUGUUAAUCUAGAGCUUAAAAUGUCCCCGUAACAAUGCGUGACUGGAAUUCGUAGUUAGUUGUGCUCGAGAAUGCGGCCUGUUUCACGCGCGUGAACACGAAGGGCAGAAUCGUGCAAACGGUAAGCACGGUUCUGAACUCGUGCGUGAGAACAGAGCUGUAUGUAUAUCAUAGGUCAUCAUAGCACACUGUUCAGGACAUCAAGCACUAAUAAUAAUAUUUAAUUAAAGUGCCACUAACCCCAAUUAUGAUUUUUGGUAUUUGUGAUAUUUGCGUCAUUUUAUAUUAGACGAAAUGUAUAAAAAAUCUUAUCUUGAUCAACUUUUUCACUGUCAAAGUUGCCGCAUAUGUUGUUAUUAUGAGAUGAAUUGUGAAUGAGUUUUUCUUGUGUUGUUCUGCUAAAAUCAUGUCCAUUGUAACAGUGGCGGAAAAGUUGAGCAAAAUGAGAUUUUUUACUAUAAAUAUAUAUUACAUUCAGAAUGAUCCAAAUAUUACACAUACCAGCAAUCAUACAUAUUUGGGGUUCGUAGCACUUUAUACUGUAUGAUGUCUUUGUUUCAUGUGACUCGAAUAUUAAUGAACCUUGACGAGUUUAGGCUUUUCUUUGUUCCCAUACAGGAAAUUAAACAACUGCCGGACAAAUAACAACGAACGCAGAUCAUUCAAAAUACUAUUCAACAGACCUGUCAACCUUAAAAUUUUAAAACAGGGAGAUUUCGCUUUUUAGCCCUUAAAAAACUGUGAGAUUUUAUCAAUAACCGGGAAAGCAAAAUUGAAGUCAUAUGCAGUGUUCAAAACAGUAAAAAAUUCUAGUAAUUUUCCCGGCUUUAUAAUCAUUAUAAUUGCAUUCGCUUCAACAACUUGUUUAAUUUAAUUUAAUGCUAACAUGGCAAGAAUCCUGGCAAGACAAAAAUAAUGAAAAUAUAUUCCCAAUCCAAAUUCCCUGAUCUUAGUCCAAUAACCAUUGAAGUCAAUAACAAUAAUGUUAAGGAGAUUACAUCCGCCAUUUUACUUGGAGUUACAUUGACCAACAUCUGAAAUGGGAUAGGCAAAUUAAUACCAUCUACAAUAUAAUCAAUUCUAGACUUUACCUGCUCAAACGUAUACGUAGCUAUCUCACUUUUCAAUCCCGUAUUCAAUUAUAUUACGCACUAAUCUACCCACACUUGCUAUAUUGCAGCACAGUCUGGGGCAAUGCUAAUAACGAUCUAAUUACGUGCCUACUAAAACUACAGAAACGUGCUGCGAGACUAAUUCUUGAGCAGUCAACUGAAGUGCCUUCAAUUGUGCUUUUCCGUAAACUCAACUGGAUACCUAUUUUUAAUUUGAUCAAAAUGAGAAAAAUAUUAUUGGUAUUCAAUACUUUAAAAACAUCUUGGCCGCCGGAUCUUCGUAAAUUGUUUGUCUUUGUUCGCGACUCUCAUCCAAUUCCAACUAGAUCGUCUAUUACAGACUUAAAAGUUCCAUACUUCCAUCAGUUAAGACUACGCAAGCAAAAUCUAAAAUUUCCUUCAGUGGUGCAAGUUUAUUUAAUUCUUUACCUUCCGAAUUAAAAGAAAUUGAAAAUCACUCAAUUUAUUCCUAUAAAAAGAAGCUCAAAACCUACUUUAUUCAAUUGAAUUAUGAAGUAGAUCACGUUAAUAAAUUCCGCUGCAUCGAUUGUAAGCAUAUUACUCAUUGUCAAUGUUACUCUCAAUAGGAUUUUCUUUUUAUGUACUACUAUUAUUUUUUAUAUAUUAUUAUUUUUUAUAUAUUGUUAUUACUAUAUUAUGUCGUGACGUUGUAUAUUAAUUGUAUUUAGUAUAAUUACAUAGGUGAUUAUUGAAAAUUCUCCACGCUGAUUGGUUGCCGUUGAGGUGAUUAUUACGCGAUAAUCACCUAAGCGAUUUUCAAAAUGGCGGCCGAAGCCUUUUUGUCAAUUAAAUGACGAAGAAAUGUGUAUUUUCUUAUUUUUUUCCAAAUAAUCACCUAUGAAAUUAUACUAAAACAAUUAUUCACCUCAGGCUCUGUGAUUAUCGUGAAUAAAAACCUCGACUUCGUCUCGGUUUUUAUUCACCGAUAAUCACCUCGCCUUCGGCGAAUAAUUGUUAAAUAUUUAUAUAAGUAAAUUGUGUUAAUGAUUGUAUCAUGCAGGACCCCACUGAAAAACACAUUAGUGAUGUGGGUAUCCUGGAUAAAUAUAAUUAUAAAUAAAAUUAGAUAUCGAGGGCCAUUGGGAAGAAUACUAUAUUAAGUAAUCAAUGUAAUCCCUCAUUAAAUAAAGUUUUAUUAUUAUUAUUAUUAUUAUCCCACGUUACAUCUCAUAUUCUUACAAUAAUCUACUUAUCGCUUAUAGUGCGAAAGUGGAUAAAAAAGCUGAACACUUGUAGUUCAAGGACAGGAGUAAGUUUCAGCUUGGACACGAUACCGGAAGACCGGGAGAAAAAGGUCAAAAACCGGGAGUCUCCCGGCGGCACCGGGAGAGUUGACAGUUCUGUAUUCAAUAGAAUAGUGUUUUCUUUCAUGGUGCAAAACUAGUGCUUUAGAUCUCUGGCUUUAGAUAUAUUUUAUAAGGUUUUUUAAAUCGAGUAAAAAAAUUUCUCAAAUAUCAGCCACAAAUUUCUAUGAAAUCUCGUUAGAUAUUUAAUCGCACUCCAAUUUCCAUUCUAGUUUGAGAGAUCAGUGGAGAUCUAAUUGCUUCGCGAUCGUUGCCAAGACAACCGCGUCCCUUGGAGAAAUCAUAUAAACAUUGCAUUGAAGAUUGGAUGUGAUUCAUUCAAGUCUGAACUCGAUCUAAAUAUACAACAAAACGACGUAAAAUUUUAAUUUAGAUUCUUGGUUUUAUAUUUUGCAUCAGUUUGAAGAAAUGGCUGCAAAUUCUGGCAAAUUUACGGACAGAAAUCCAAAUAUUUUAGCGGUAUGCUUUUGCAUUUUACUACCCUGAAUUUUUUCUACGUUUUGUAUCGGAAUGCUGGAAUAUAGAAUGUCUGUGUUUAUUUUAUUUCUUUUUUGCUUUUAGGCAGGAAAAGUGGUUGGAAUUACUGGAGAUUCAACUAGCGAAUGCUUGGCCGUUCAACACGAGGUAAAAAUGUUUUAAAAAUUACUUUAAAAAAUUGAUGUCAAAAUUUGAUGUCUGUAUAUAUAACUUUUAUAUUUACAUGUCUAAGGUAUGCACUUACUGUAUUAUGGCACCUGUUUAAUAAUACUUUGAGUUAGAAUUUAUUUACCUUUCCGCACAAUAAGGGAGCUUUAAUUAUUUAUGAUAUAUUAUAUUAUAUUAUAUAGAAUUUAUUUACCUUCCUGCAUGCAUGAUAGGGGCGCUUUUAUUUAUGAUAUAUUAUAUUCUAUAUUAUAUAGAUUUUAUUUACCUUUCUGCAUGAUAUAUUUUUUUAUUGAUUAAAAAUUAAUACAAGCUGAAAAUUUAAUAAGGCUCCUAACCUCAUAUAUGUGAUCCUUCCUGUCACAAUCCAGUGAUUGUGACAAUCCAUGCAGUGAUUGUUUUCAUUGUUUUUGAAAAAUCCAGCUGUUCUCCAUGUCACAUAGCUCAUUGUUUUGAUGUAUGUGUAACGAGAGGCUAUCACAGGAGAAUUCAUACUUGAAAUUUCCAUUCACAAAAACCUACAAUUAGUUAGGUAUAUUUUGAGUGAAGAUGCCCAGAAUUCCGAUAUUUACCCAUAAACCUUACAUUGGCAUCGCCUUAGUAUAUAUAUAUACACAAACGUGCACUUAGAGCUUGACAACUGGACUCUGUAGCUCCGUUGGUUAGAGCAUAGCCUGAAAACAGACCUACGUUUCGCCCGCCCUAAAAUUUGUGGGUUGACGGAACACUGCACUGGAAUCACAGGUUUCGGGUUUCAGUUCCUGCCAGAGGGCCAGGCUUUUAGACAGAAGGGCAUCCUGGGACAUCCCUAGAACAAAAAAUGGACGCCUUUGGACGCCCAAAUUCUGGGGGUAAAGGGAAAUUAUUUUCAAUAAUUUCACUAACUAAGUAUAUUAAUAUAUCUGAAACGAAAUAGUGAAAUCGGAAACGAAAUCUCAUUAUUAUACAUUUGACAUUUUGAUCAAUUUGAUGGUGUACCUGGCUGAAUGAAAAUGUCGUAGUUAAGUAAAGAAACAUAGCAGCACAAACUCACAAAGCCAAGUGUGUUUGAAAAAUUUCGAACAAGCUUUGAACAGAUACUGACGAAAACUUCAAAACUUCAAAGGUUUUCCAGAGGAACAUUUUCUCACCCCUCUACUGUAGAUGUUUCGUUAAAUACCAAAAUUGGACGCCCUCUUUUAAGACCCUGACUAAAAGCCUGCAGAGGGCCUAUAGUUACAUUUUUUACAACUGCUUCUGGUUAGGUCUCAGAUAAAUGAAUAGAAUUCACACUUGACAUUUCCACCAACAGAGCGCUAUUACAGGGUAAUGCAUUUUAAUUGUUUUACUGCAACGUAGGAUUCAGUUCCACCGAUGAUAAAGAAGUUUUAUGAGACGACCAGGCCUGAACCAGGGAAAGCAAGGAUACACUAUGGCAAAGCAGAUGACAGUAAGAUUGCAUAUGAAAUAGCCCAUGGAGUUAAUACAAGAACUUCACUUGUGGUAAGAUAUGUAGUUAAUGUCAGGGAUAGAUUUACUGGGAGGAGUUGCACCCCCUUAGACUUGGGGGGGUGUGCCAAUUUCAUUAUCAAAUCCAUUUUGUUCAAUUUGGGAAGGCAGUAUCCUAUCAUCAUUACCACAAUAAUUCUACUGAGCCCUUCCUAGGGGCAAUGCUUUGCCAUUCUACAGAACACUAGCACUUAAUGCAUAAUUCCAAAAAUGAUUAUAAUAUAUUGAACUUGGUCAACGGUCACACCCAGAACUAUGACCAUGAGUCGAUGAGCACUUCACCCUACCAGAAAUGGUUACUUUUCCUCGUAUAUACUCAAUAAUUAUCCUGUGCAUAUAUAGUUCUCAAAUCUUUUAUCCAAAAUAUAUUCACAUGAUGAUUAUUUCAAUUCAGGCAGGUGAUUUGGUGAAUCCCAUUCCAAAAACAGCUUUCCGUCAAAGAAUGGAAGAUAAGAAAGAAAGUGAAUAUCUCAGUAAGAAAAAGGCACCACUAGGUGAGGUACUACUAUUUUAGGUAUGAAGCAAAUUUAUAAUAGUUUGUUUGUGGAAACACCACGUAAAUUUAUUACUGCAAGGCUUUCGAUCCGUAAGCCCACUGAUGAAGAUCCGGGCUUACGGAUCGAAAGCUUUGCAGUAAUAAAUUUACGUGGUGUUUCCACAAACAAACUAUCAUAUGUUUUAUCGCCAUGCAAACAUACAAAGAAGCAAUAUCAAAAAUUGUCUAAAAAUUGUCUAGUGAAUAGUGAUUGACCGAUUGUGUCACAGUCGGAAAUUACUGAUUUAUACAACAAUCUACCCAAUGAUUCUACUGAUUCUAAUUGUUUACCGAUAAGGCAAAAAUCGCUUCCUCUGUUUUACAAUUAUGACGUCAUGGGCACCCCGGGGAAAUCUUGCCCCAGGGCCCACGCAACCUCUCGGCGGCCCUGCAAAUCCUGAUUAAUCCACCUGUUCCCAUCUAAGUUUCUUGAACAACGCUUUUUUUUUCAGGCACAUCUCAUGACCAAAUGCCAGGUCUACCUGAGGGUAUGGGCCUCUACAAUGUCUCCUAUGGCAUACCCACGUUAAAAGAAGGCAAAGCUGGCGACAUCAUUAACCCACCUAAAUCACGAAAACAGGUUGACCAUGAAUCUGGCGAUGGUCAAGAUUUAUACAAAGUCAGUCACCAUGCUUAUGACGUGGGUGAAACAUAUGACAGAAAAUAUAACUGGCAACGAGUGCCAAAGACCAGCACGUUCGGUGUGGAAACACCGCACGACAAUGAUGGUAUUCAUGUUAAGAAAAGCUUAAAGUGGCUUUAUAACACCCAAACGUAAGUUAGUCACGUAUUUAUACAUUCUUAAACUAUUUACUGAACUAACUUUAUUUAAUACUUUUGUGUGUGUGUCUGUGUUGGUGUUUAUGUACUCAGGUGAAUAUGAUGUUUGCAAUGUUACUCUGAGUGUGCAUCCACACCGGGCAAGCUGAAAAGUUUAGUGCCUGACCACGGUGGGAAUCGACGCGACCUUUGGGAAUAUACUAGUCCAAAUGCUCUACCAAUUGACCAUUUGCGUAAUAGACAAAAUUUUGAUCUAAACAAGUCUAGACAAAUAUUUCAUCACAGCUUGAAAGAGCAUCAAAAAAUUAGUAAUAUUCCAAAGUUUCGUUGCGAAAUGUUGUAAAAUGCGGAUAAUAUAGCCUUGCGAAGUUUGCAAUUUUCAGUCAUUUUAGAUUACAAACGGGAAAUUGACAGCCUCACAGGGCUGCAAAUUACUGUCGGACAUCGGACAAUGUCCGACUAAAUUUGGCAAAUGUCCGAGCAAAAGUAAUUUUGAUCGGACAUUGGUCUGAUCACAAAAAAAAUUGUCACAUACAUUUUUUUGUUGUGACAAAAUCCGAUUGCAAAUUCACUCAAUUUGCAUUUUGCAAUAAAAUUUACGAGGCAUUCUAGCAUUUUACUUAACGUUGCGCCGGAAUGGCGAUACAUACUUGUCUCGUGAUUUAUAUCGACCAAAUUUAGUGAUAUUGGUUUUUGUCCGACCAAAUUCAAGUUAUGUCUGACCAAAAUUAAAAGUGAUCGGACAAAUGUCCUGUCAAGUCAAAUAUUUAUUUGCAGCCCUGGUCUCAAAGCGUAUCGGGCUGUCAAUUUCCCGUUUGUAAUCUAAAAUGACUGAAAAUUGCAAACUGCGCAAGGCUAUAUUAUCCGCAUUUUACAACAUUUCGCAACGAAACUUUGGAAUAUUACUAAUUUUGUGAUGCUCUUUCAAACUGUGAUGAAAUUUUUGUCUAGAUCAAAAUUUAGUCUAUUACGCAAAUUGUCAAUUGAGCUACGAGGUCAAAGUCAGUUCGAGUUGGUGAUAUUUCGAAACUGAGUCUAGUUCCUUCGAUAUCAAUGCAUAUCAAUGUAUUGACCGUAGCUCAGUUGAUAGAGCAUUGGACAUUUGGACUAGUAUCCCAAAGGUCGCGGGGUUCGAUUCCCACCAUGGUCAGGCAAACGUUUCAGCCUGCCCUGUGUGUAGUAACACCACAAGCAUAUAACUUUAUUUAAACUAACAUUCCUUUGAACAUACACUGGAAAAAAUUUUGAAAAUCCAUAGAAGGCCAUAGAAUGGAAAUUGUAUGGACCUUCAUUGGAAAUAGAAUUGAUUUUGAUUAUUCAUAAUAAUUUUGUAUAUUUCCAUCCUAUGGAUAUAGUAUCGAAAUAGUAUGGAUAUACUAUGGAUUUAGUCAGUGGUGCAAUUGCAAAUUUCAUAAUAUGGAUUUCACAUUUUUUCCCAGUGAUACAUGUAACAUAUACAUAUUUCAUUUCUUACAGCGAGAAAGCGGCGCAUAUCGUGUCCCAACGUCUGGAGGAAUUUCGUGAGCGUACCCAACCACAACUUGGUAAAGUACAUGACCCAAUCAAAGACACCAUGAACGUACCAUCAGAUCACACGUUUGGUGUCUUGUUUAAACCAGAUGAUUAUGGCGCUGGAGACCUUAUACAUGGCCGUACACCCGAUAAUUACAUGAAAAGAGAUGAGCAUCAACGCGCUGUGUUGGCUGCGGUACGGCAACAUCUGAAGAAAUCAAACUAUCAUCAUUUUAAUGACUUGAAAUCAGCUUUUCAAUUCUAUGACAAGGUAUGUGAAGAACCAUUUUAGGUUGAUGCGAGUUACCAUAAAGUGUUCUGAUGAUAUACAGAACUUACAUGCAUGUACUUAAAAUGACCUGAUGUUGUACAGAACUCACUGCUGACGUAUAUAUUAGACAUAUCUUCAAUGUGGGCCACCGGCUACCGGUUAAGUGAUUAGAAACAGUAUACAGAAUCCACUGUUGAGUUCAGCAUGGUCAGAUCAUGUUCUGUCUUUUUUCAUUUAUUAUUUAUCUAAUACAUGCGUAAAAAUCUCCGAUCUUGUAGCAAGUCUGCCAACAAGCCGUCAACAAGUUGUGUUCGCACUGCUUGUCCCAAGUUGUCAACAAAGUUUGGAACAAGCUGUUAACAAUUUGUAACAACCUUGUUGAUAUAUUAUCAGGUUUGUUGCAAGGUUGUUCCAACAAGUCCGAUACAAUCAUGAUAUAGCAAUAUUGUUACAACCUUGUAACAAUCUUGUUCAUCAUGCCCUGUAUCAGACUUGUUAGAACAACCUUGUAACAAGUCUGAUAAUGCCAUCAAGCUUGUUACAAGUUGUUAACAGCUUGUUCCAAACUUGUUACAACAACUGGGAACAAGCAGUGCGAACACAGCUUGUCGACAGCUUGUGAACAGAUUUGUAACAACUUGUUUGCAGACUUGUAACAACUUGUGUGUUUUUACGUGUGUAGUUUAAUAUGAAUUCCACGUAUGUUUAAGGACAAAUCGGGCAAGAUCAGCAUCGAGGAACUCCAGGCGAUAUGUGAGCAACUAAAACUCCCAGUUGAAGAUGAUUUGCUCAAUUCUCUAUUAUCGUACUGUGAUGUGGAUGGUGACAAACAGAUUGACUACGAGGAGUUUUGCAAGUUCUUAAAUUGGCAAAAUGCUUGGCAAGACGAGUUGAUGUAUCACCAACAAACAUCGCAAGAGGUGAGCCGAGUGUUAAAUCACCUUUGUAUAACAGCGUAAAAAUCUCGCAUCUUGUAGCAAGUUUGUCGCAACAAGCCGUCAACAAGUUGUGUUCGCAUUGCUUGUCCUUGGUUGUCAACAAGUUUGGAACAAGCUGUUAACAACUUGUAACAACGUUGUUGAUAUUAUCAGACGUAUUGCAAGGUUGUUCCAACAAGUCCGAUACAGUCAUGAUAUAACAAUAUUGUUACAACCUUGUGUCGUCAACCUUGUAACAUUCUUGUUAUAUCAGGACUGUAUCAGACCUGUUAGAACAACCUUGUAACAAAUCUGAUAAUGUCAUCAAGCUUGUUACAAGUUGUUAACAGCUUGUUCCAAACUUGUUAUACAACAACUGGGAACAACUGUAACAACUUGUUUGCAGACCUGUAACAAUUAGUGCGUUAUUACGUGUGUAUUUCAGCGCUCAUAAUUAAAACUCGUACAAUUCUAGAUGCAAGAAAAGGAGAAGCUUCAAACAGAGAACCUAGAACUACCAGAUAUUCAUAAAACAACACGACAGAUCGAUAACGCCGUUGGCGGGUGGAAGACAUCUUCAUCUACUGUUAACGCGACUGUAGGACGCUGCAGGACCAAAGGUACUUGACUAACAAUUCAUCCACGACUUUAACUCGGUUGUGGGAGAGUUGUUUUUAAGGCACCUUAUUGACUAACUUUAUAAGGUUGAUAUUGGAUAGUUCCACCAAUUCUAAACAGUUCUUUCUGAGGUCCAGUAAAGGUCAUUUCUUAGUUGCACUACAAGAGAGAACCUAAACUAACUUCAGUUAUACGGGAUUGUUGUAUCAGUUCAAUCAAAGCUUUGUGAUCCAGAAGGACACCUAAUUCUUCAAUACAUUUCAGACUGGAGAUCGUAUGGAGUACCGACAAUACGAAGUGACCUUGCCGCUCCACGCAUCAGAAGAAUUUCAGAUAGAACUGUAAGUAAAUGAGGGUGUCCACGGACCUUGAAAAUCCUGGAAAGUCCUUGAAUUGGAAAAAAAAAUCCAGGACUGGAAAGUCCUUGAAAAUCAGUAGAAGUCCUUAAAAGUCCUGGAAUUAAUUUUCUUAACUUCCAGCUGUGUCAACAUUAGUGAUUUUUAUUAAAAUUACUGAAUAAAGUGAAUUAUUUGCUGGUUAAAGUCUAAAAUCCGUACCAUUUGGUAAAUACUUGGAAACACCUUCGAAACCACAACUAAACUUAAGGCCUGGUCAAGCGAGGGCGAGAGUUGGGAAGCGAGAGUUUGCAUUAGCUCGCAUGCCCUGGUCAAACGAAGACAAGAGUUUGAUGAGAGUUGAUGAGCGUUGACUAAAUAUUACUCUCUAAAACUCUCAUCAACUGUCAUUAAAAUUUGUACCAGUUCAAAGUUGGUGACUGAGAAUUGACGAGAGUGUAGGAGUGUAUGAGAGUUGGCAGUCAAACGCGAACGAGAGUUGCAACUCUCAUCGACACUCGUACUCUUUUGACCGAGCCUGUUUGUAAUGGUAGCUUGUUGUACAGGGUUUGUACAGGUCAUGCAGGAAGAGUCAAAUUCAAGGACAUUCAAGGCAUGUAUCAGCAAAUUCAAGGACUAAAUACUGAAGAAGAAGGCGUUAGAAAUCAGCAAAAUCUGACGUUGAAUUGUUCAAAACGUAACUUUAUAAUGAGGUCAGAUAUGAACAUGCAAAAUCAGUUCAACAAAAUGUCCGUCUUGAAUGUCAAACAAUUUCAGAAAAUAUCCAAAAACUAGAGCAAGACGAAUUCAAGCACAUUCAAGUAUUUCUUUACAAAUUCAAGGACAUGCAAGGCCUUGAAUUUUUGUUUUCAAAUUCAAGGACAUUCAAGGACUUUCAAGUUUUGUACGAACCCUGGUUGUAAUAGUAGCUGAAGAAUUAAUUUCUAUAUGUCUCAACAGAAUUAUGGCGAUGAGUCAGAUGCUUAUGGUUUAAUCAAUCCGUCAGUCUACAGUAAGCAUGGUGUACAUGAAAAAGACUUCUUUCAACACAGAAGCCCGAACGAGGUACAGUAGCUAUAUGUCAAUUAAUGCUGAGUAUGUUCGUCCUUUAGUUUGGGCACACUCGCUGUCAUCUGAUGGGGUCAGGGACGUCGCUACUGGGUGGGGGAGGGUGUUACACCAAAAAGUUUACUGAAAAGCGCAAAGAAGUAUUUUGUAUCGCGCGAAUUUUUCACCUUGUAUAGGCUAAAAACACGCCUUACAUGCAAGCAUACACUUUUUCAUCACGAGUUUGAUGGAGUCAGUCCGUUGAAAAGUUAAUGGUCAAAAUGUUCUUCAAACUUGGUCAAAAUAUCAGGACACUCCCCCAAUGUUAAAGACUUCGCGACGUCCCCUGUUCACCAUUUCAAUAUGUAGUUUUACUUUAAAUUUACUUUAAAUCUUUCACUAAUAAUAAACCUUAAUUUAUAGGUACACCGUGUUAUAGAUAGCGUUGGAAUCAGAAUGACAGCGGAAACAUUCGAUGCAUUAUGGAGGAAAGCUGCGUCGCAAAACCCACAAGGCUUGGUAAGAUUUAUAUCCCACUGCUAUUCUCAUUUGUUAGUUGAGUCGACUUGGAGAACCACAGAAACAUGAGAGAGAAUUUAUAAUGGAUACUGUAGCUCAGUUCCAUCGAAAUUCUUCUCCCUGGUGAUUCAAUAACGGACAUCUCUUAGUGGUCCAGUGUUAACCUAACUAAAGUUUAUUUCUCCAAUAUUAAUUGCUCUAUCAUUUAUUGGUUCUGUACUUCUUUGUUACCACAAGGCAUGGCCGGAUUUUGAGGGGAGGUGUAGGGAGGUGCGCUGCGCAACUCCCCUGAGAUCGUUUUGCACCUCCCCUGAAAAUUUUUGCACCUCCCCUGAAAAGUUAUGCACCUCUAUGGGGGAAAAGUUUCAAUGAUAGAUCAGAGUGAAAAUUUGACAUUUUGUGGUUGCUUAGGGUCUACACUUCGUAAGAAAGUUUUUCUGUAAAAUUGAAACAGUAAUAGCCAUUCAUCUCUGUAUCAAGUACAGUACCCUUUUAAUGCAAUGUUUUGAAAGAAACUUUGCAGUAACUGUAUUGAAGAGCAAAAUUGAAUGAGUUGUACAGUCUGAUAAUUCAUUAAUACACUACAUGCAUACGUCACGUCGCGUUGACUUUGGCCCAUUCUAAGCCCUAAUUUUCCAUGGGGGUCGUGAGCUAGACCGCUGCACCUCCCUUAAAUUUUUCCACCUCCCCCACUAUUUCCACCAAAAUCCGGGCUUGCUACAAGGUUGACCUAGUUCAGCAGUAUUAUAAGCAACGCACUGAUGAAAUUUUCAAAUGCUAGUUAAACACUGCUGAGUUGAUGGCUGAUAAACAUUUCAUUUUGUCAUUUAGGUAAGCGUGAAUUCAUUCAAAAAAGUGUUGGACACGAUGCAUGCUGACGAGCAAUUAACUACACAAAUGCAAGAAGUCUAAAACACGCGAUGAACAUAAAAAUACCGUGUAUUUAAGAAGGUAUUUCGUUACUUACAAAGGUAUUAUAAUUGUAGAUAUUGAAUAUUGUAUAUAUAUAUAUAUAUGCAUUACUAACGAUAAAAUCAUUGUUGAUUUAGAAAACCUAUAUUUUUAGAAUAAAACAAUCCUAUAUGUUAAUUAAAAACCAUGUACAGUACCCUACUAGUUGGUAUCAGAAAAAAAUUGGGAGACUUUGGGUUUAAACCCUGGCUGGACUAACACUUGUUGUUAGCUAGCCAUAAUUCUGUCUUUGCUAAAAACUGCUGCCUUUGCUAAAAACUGCAAUAGAUGGGUAAUUCCCUAAGCACAUUCUUAGAGAAAGAGAGUUAAUUCUUUGCAAAGUAUCCAUAAUUAUUCUUUUCCACUAAUUAUACUGCACACAUGCCAUGGACGGCAACUAGCGAUGAUCUUAAUUGUAGCACAGACUGGCAUUUCGGUAAAUAUUCCACGUGGACUGAAGAAUCGCUUCUAACCAGAUUCAAACCAACACUUUUCAAAAAUCUUGCUACUGGAUGGUCGUCAGCAAAAACUUCUGAAAACUCUAUGUUGUUUUUAUUCACAUCUGUCGAUUGAAUCACUUUUUGUAUCUAAAACAAAAGAUUGUGAAGUAAUAUAGGUGACCUGCAUGGUUUCACCAUCU